UGUCCGAAGGUGAACCACAUAAUAGUAUCCGAUUAUGAAUUAAGCGCAGUGCAGACUGCAGAGCGACAGGCAUCAGGCAGCUUAGCUAUGGGAACUGUGAUUGACUCUCACUUCUUGGCUCUCACUGCCAUCCUCACUAUUGGGUAUCAGUUUGUGUUUUUCAUCAUCACUGCCCUCCUCAAAUUUGACAAAGUUACUGAUUUUGCCGGAAGUACCAAUUUCAUAAUAAUUGCUGUGUUGACCCUCCUGCUCAAGGGAUCAUGGUAUUUUCGACAGAUAAUCCUCUCUUUCUUUGUUGUAUUAUGGGGUCUUCGCCUCGGCCUUUUUCUCUUAUUCAGGAUUCUGAAGUGGGGAGAGGAUCGACGCUUUGACGAAAUGCGGAAUAAUUUGGGAAAAUUGGCCAUAUUCUGGACAUUUCAGGCUGUGUGGGUGUGGACAGUGAGUUUACCAGUUACAGUGGUUAAUGCAAGCAACCGAAAUCCUUUCAUACAGCCUCAGGAUGUGAUAGGAUGGAUUUUGUGGGCUGUGGGUUUUAUACUUGAAGGUACAGCGGAUCAUCAGAAGCUGCGCUUUAAACAAUCUCCAGAAAAUAGAGGCAAGUGGUGCAAUUCUGGUCUCUGGAAAUAUUCUCGCCAUCCAAACUACUUUGGUGAGAUGUUGCUUUGGUGGGGAAUUUUUGUGGCAUCCACACCAAUACUGAAGGGAGCAGAAUGGUUGGUAAUCAUUGGACCAAUAUUUCUCACUUUGUUGCUUCUUUUUGUCAGUGGCAUUCCAAUGCUUGAGGAUUCAGCAGAUAAGAAGUUUGGAAAUGUAGAUGGAUACAGGAUAUACAAACGGAGGACUAGCCCUUUAAUCCCGUUGCCACCACCAAUCUAUGGAAACUUGCCCUUGUGGUUCAAAACAACUUUCCUCUUUGAAUUACCACUCUACAGUCGUAAUCUUCCACAAGAAGGACUAGACUGGUGUAGAACAAGCAGCGGGGAAAGCAGCAAUGCUCAGAAAAUUGACUAGCACUUGCUUCUAUCAACUCAUGCGAUUUUUUUGUUGGUAUGCAUUGUAAUGAUACACCAUACCAAUAACCAAGGUUGUAGUUGCCAUCUUCGGGUUUGUUCUCAUAGGUUCUUCUCUUUUAUUCUUUUUCUCGCCUUUUAAUUUGGAUAUUUACACUACACGCAAUAUGAGGUGCGUAAAGCGCACCGCAACUAUUUCAUCUUGUUAUAUUGCAGUUACAUUCUGUUUGAUGCAAAUCGAUAAUCAAAAGUAUAUUUAUCA